CAACUGCUGCAAGUUGUUGACGACCGUUGGUGACAAAAGUUGGUGACAUCUUUUCGUUUUUGAUCGAAGGCCGUCGUCUUUGAAUAUUAUUUGUUGGCUUAAAGGUCCAGUGUGAUUUAAUUUUGGAUUCAUAACUGGGCACACAGCGGGCUUGAACAUGUCCUACACUUGAGGGGCACCUGCUGAAGAGCAAAGGCCAGACUGCACCAAGAAAUCAUGGCAUCUGCUGGAAAGAAAAGCUUCAAUGCAUCCCUUUGUGAGCGCUGCUUUGAGGUUUUCUUUUUGAAGAAAGCAUAUGAAGCCCACAUACAAAAAUGCUGUGAGCCUCGGCCAAAGACUCCAGACGUCAGCAGUCAGAUAGGACACUCGGCUCUUGCCAAGUGCGCCAGUUGUCGACGCAUUUUCCUCGGAGGCCAGCACCUGGAAAAGCACAUGAAUAAAGAACACAGCACCAAAAAGGUCUUAAAGACAGUCAUACUUUGUCAUGAGUGUAAGAAGAUUUUCACAGAUAUCCAGGCGCUGGCUAUCCACCAGGCGGAACAGCAUCCUCAGGCAUCGGCUUCUUCGCCUGCUGCUUCAAAGAAACGGACGGUAACUGUGCUACGGAAUCAGGUAACUGGGUUGCAACCGAAGUCGGCACCGAAAGCCGACGUUGCACUUGAGGCAAGAGAUUCCGCUAAAGAGUCAGGGUCUUCUACGACACCUCAAUCCAAUUCAAGAUCAGAUUCUCAGUCUGAUCCAGAACCACAGUCAAACAGUGAGCAACCGGAGUCUGACACAAACGCACCAUCAGUGGGCUCUGGGUCAGGCCAGGCGUCUGACGCACCAGCGGACGAGGUGUCGCGUUCGGCGAUGGAUGUGGAGGGGGGCAGCUCACAGCUGCUGGAUGACCAGAUGGGUGGCGACGAAUCCAAACUGAGUGAAGUGCAGCCUGAUGUGAUAGACAAGUCCUCCGCCAACAAGUCGCUUUCGCCAGCCAAACCGGUAGACACCGAAACCCAGGCGUCAAAAGUUCUGAGGGGCCAGACGACCGCAAAGUUGGGUAACAUGUCUGCCGAUCAGCGGACAGGUGGCUUAGAGACCAAAACUGGGCCUCUUCCUACGACCUCUCGCUUAGCCUUCGCCCCCACCAAACCCAGAGUGUCAACUGUUUCGGCAGCCAGCCCCAGUGUUACUACUGCCAGCAGCUCCAAGGCUGCCACUCUUGGCCCUCUUUUCGCCUGCCGCUCCUGUGACUUCAAGUCAAUGGACAAGGAUCUCAUGAUUCAGCACAUCGCCGACAAGCACGGCCCCCAGUUGCCUACAGUUGUCUCAAAUAAGUCUGCCUCAUCGCUAACGAAAAAGCCGGUCCGUGAGGUCACGCUAUACGCAUGCGGGUUAUGCGACGCCAAGUUUCCGAGUGUUGAGGUGGUGAAAGCGCACAUCAAUGCCAAGCACCAAACUCCACGGGAUGUUACGACGCAGAACGCGGACGUCCGCCGGGACACGUUGUGGUCGACACACGAAUGUGUGCAAUGUGCUUCGUUGUUCCAGCCGUCGGUACGUCUGCGCGACAUCUACAUGAACCUCUCUGAGUGGAUGAACCACUUCUACCAGUCACAUGGCGCGACAGAGAAGGUGACCCCCAGGAAACAGUUGGAGCUGCGUCCCUGCCACCGGUGUGGUCUCGUGUUUUUCAGUAAGGCCACGCGUUUACAUCACAAUGUGAUUUCGCAUGACGGAAAAGAUCCCGAAAUUGAAAUGCAACGGAAGCAGCGAGAGGAGGAGCGUGAGCUGGUGAAACUGACCUCAGCUGAAAUCACACCCAAAUCGCUGCCCGCAAAAGCGCGGUCGCGGGUGAUCGUCGACUCACUGAUGAAAGCCUCCCUUGUAUCGCGCACGACGCCGGCAGUGGUUAUGGACAAGGCCGCCGCACGACGAGCACAAAUCAAAGUGUUCGCUGCCCGGUCUGGUGCUCCAAAUCGUGUGACCAAUGUCGUGUUCAAGUGCAGCAAGUGUGGUGGCAUGUUCCCUGACGAUCCGUCAUUUGAGCGGCACGCACGUGAAGUACACAGCAACGAAAGUGGACGCGAUGAACGGCCCGACCCACCGCCCGCUACUGUCCAGUCGGAUCCGCCAAUGAGCACAGAAGUGACAAAGCCGAACUUGCUUGAGCAGCGCGAGUGUUCCGACUGCUCUAAACUGAUGGAGUCUUGUCCCCGGUCAAACGGGCUGUUUGUGCGUCGCGAUGUGUGGGAGCGCCACGUCAACGAAGUGCACGUGCACCUGACGAGAUGCGUUGGCGUGAGGAUCGUGAUGCAUCCGUGCCCGCACUGCCCCCGCCUCUUCUUGAAUCCACACACUCUCGAGGCGCACAAAACCAAGCUGCAUGACACGAUGCUAGGCCCUGUGGAUCAGGCUGAUGUUGACGCGUGUACGCCAACAAAAACGCUUGAGUGCAGUCGCUGUUCGCAGCUGGUGCAGAAUGCCGACGGAUUGCGUUUCCUGGAUGGAAAUGUCUGGAACACUCACUUCGAGACCGAUCAUAAGGAGCUACUGCUUUGUGAUGGCAAAGCUGGUGAGUGGGAGCUGUUCUCUUGCUCUAAGUGUCCGCGCCUCUUCUUCAACGAACGUGACUUGCCCGUGCACGAGGCUCGCCAGGCCUUUAUGCAUAUGACGAUGCCGAUCAACGCCAAAGUAGUCACUCAGAAGGGCGGCCCUCGCGUUGUGCAGGACACGGAGAUUCUGUACCAGUGCGCCAACGACCCUUGCUCGUUCACGUGCAAAGAGCAUGCCAAAAUGGUUGAACACUUUCAGCAAUGUCGAGUGCUUCCACUGGUGAAGGUCGGUGAAACACUGCUCUUUAAGACAGUGAUGGUGCGCAAGCUUAAAAGGCCACGCCACUCGAAACCAUACAACCGAAGUGCGACUCGACGUUUGGAGAAUGUGAUGAAGAAACUUGCGCCUGACGGCGGUGCCAACGGCGAUACCGCAAGCGUUACACCCAACGCUGAAGGCAAGGAUUCUGAGGCGGCGACGGCGGUCACUCACAUAUUGGCGGAGUCGGAGCGGAUCACUUCCAAGACACCGGCCGUGCUCGAGCUGGACCCUGUCACUUGCCAACCGCGCUUGGCCCAUUCGUUGGAGGACUCUGAGGACGUGCCAGAGGCAGCCGCUGAGGACGUGCCAGAGGCGGCCGCUGAGGAGGAGACUGUAGCCGCCGAAGAAGCUCUACAGGAACACCCUGACACUGGCUCCCAGCCCACCCGCAUGGAUUUUGCCUGUAGCGUGUGCCAGAUGCGCGGCAGCAGCAGGAAUUCGAUUGCUGCGCACAUCCGUCGCGACCACAAGCGAAGUGACGGCACCUACGGGCCUGAUGAGAACGUUGAUAAGCGACAAGAGCAAGUGAAGAAGUACAAGCAUGCCUACCUGUGCGCCGAAUGUAAGGAGAUGGCCAAGCCGUGUCAACGCACCCGCGACCUCUUCUUUGAGAAGGCAGCAUGGCUCAACCAUCUGGCUACUACCCACAACCCACUGAGCUUCUCGGAACUGGAUCGUCUCGAUUUGCACGAGUGUGAAGAGUGUGAGCGGCUUUUCCUCAGUUAUGCGUCUCUGAAGCGUCACUCUCGCGCCUUCCACGAACCUGGAGCCGAGAACUACCAGCCUCCUCGGACGGCCGCGGACAGGAGAAAGAAGCACAAGUUCAGCUGUUUCGAGGAAGGAUGCACAUUCACGUACCACCGAGUCCCGCGGCUUCGUUCUCACCUUAUCGCGGAGCACAACUUCGAUUUGGCGGUGCGUGAAGUGGUCUUCAACAACGAGCAUGACUUCCAAGAGUGGAAAAAGACGCUUGAGCUCUCGACCAACGCAUAUUUUAUGCAACGCUCGAACGUGAAAAGCAAGCGAAAGAGUGGCACAUUCGAAGUGCGUUACUUUGGCUGCUCUCGGGUCAUGGCCAACCUGCCAACCUACAAGGAAAAUGGUAAGAAACGUUCGCUGCCGUGGCAGGUGGAUCUCCUGAAGGAUGACAUGGUUUGGCGAUGUCCAGCGUUCUUAAAGGCUGAGGUGGCUUCGAGCUCGGCAUCUGUCAGAGUGAGCUUCUGUCCCAACCACUACGGACAUGAGAUGGACCCAUCGUUUGGUCGGUUGAGCGACGCUGACGAAGCCGAAAUCGGUGGCAUGCUGCGCGCAGGUCUCAGUAUCCAGGACGUGCUGAAACGAAUGCGAGAAGAAGGCAGGCUUCAAGGUACGCCGAGUCGCAAGCAGCGUGUCACUGAAUUCGAGAUCAAUCGCAUCUUCGAGAAGUACAUGGGCAUGAAGCCACCCAAAGCAAAGCGGUACGAUCCGCUAGUGGGCAAGGCGGUCAGUCGGUCGUUGGGGAAGGUGACGGAGUCUUCGAAUCUCGCCUGGAACGCGGAACUGAUCAGCUCGUACGACGAUGGCGCGAUGACAGCUGAAGACACCGCUGGCGACGAGCUGCCUUUGGACAACUCUGACGAGGCCAUCGACGAGAGUGCCGGCUCACGGGAUGUGUGGCAGCGCGUCUGCGGCGAAGAUGGGUGUCACUUCACAACCACCAGUGUCGGAUUCCUGCGCAGUCAUCUGCGUCAGCGUCAUGGUUUCGCCAUGCACAUCGACACGGCUGGUUUCACAUCCAUGAAAGACUUCUCGCGUUGGAAGCGCAGCCUCGAGAAGCGCACUUGUGCAAAGUACUUGUGUUACAAGACGGUGGCGUCGUCGGAUCCGUCCGAUCCCGUGGUUACGCAAUAUUUCACGUGCCACCGCUCCGGACUCAACUCGCUGAAGAGAGCGCCGGGUGAUGCGCCGCUGCCGCGCCGUCUCGUGCUCUGCACUGGCUACAUGAAGGUGCGGAUGGACAACAUUACCGGCGAGGUGGCGUGCGAGUACUGCGCCAGUCACUACGGCCACGACGCCCGGCUGGCUGAGCGGCGGGCCUCGCGGCACCGGUCCACUGACAUGAUUCCGAUCGACUUCGAAACGGUCGAGGAGACCGUCAGCGCGUCGCCGACGGGCGCUGGUCACUUCAUGUCCCCGAUGGCCACGCGCUACAGCUUCGUCCACGAUGAUGCGGCAGUUAGCGACCAGGAGAUGGAGCAGCCGCGGCAGAAGCGGCCACGCGGCAGGCCCCCCAAGAAGAGGACGGCCGUGCCGCGCCGCAGCCGCGGCGGCAAGAGACGCCGCUGGGAGGAGUUCGAGGAAGAAGAGGAAGAGGAAGAGCAGCAACAGGACAGCUCUGAUUCGGACUAGUGGUCUGUGCUGUAGAAUGCGAUGUUAUGCAAUGCGUGUGAUUGGAUCAAGUUGUCUGUUUUCUGCAUUUAGCAUAGAGCCUGAUGAGCACCUUCUUUUGUUACCCCGGGGAUGUGGCGCUGUCGCGUGAUCACAUAUUGCGCGCGAUCAUUCAGAGGGUCUUGGGCUGCUUUCGCGUGUUGCUAUCACCCCGCUUCUUUCCUUGUGAGUCGUUGUUUGUGUUAUGCCUUACGGUACCUAACCAUAACUAUAUCGAGCCCCAGACAACCGCUCACUGCCGCCUUAGAUGGGUGUCGAAGCGAGCGACUAGCGCCGCAUGUGUUUGUUGGGCUACAUGCCCCCAGAGCGUGUACAAAGAGUGGUCACGAGGUAUCGUAAUGGCGGUUGAAAAACUGCUUAGAAGUUUUGUGUGAUUGAGGGAUUUGUGUACAGUUGAUUUACUCGUCCACAUGUCGUUCUCGUCCGUGAAUUCUGCAGUGUUCACUGAGAGUCCGACUAACGCAGCAUUCUUCUUAAGUUGACGUGUGGAUGUAUGGUUGAGCAGCAUCUGCCAUCGGACAAUACACGCAUCAUUUGUGUUUA